AGGGCCACCACUGGUAGUAGUAGAGUAGUAGAGUGACCACCUCAAACUCCUUACCUUCAAAUCUCUAUCACCAAACCAACCUUCUAAUUAUCUGUUUAUUGGACGGCGGCUCCAUGCAUUUUCCCAACCACACCCACUGCUGAUACAUGGGUUGCGGUCUCGGAAAACCUGCCGGUGCCGGAGCUGGUCACUCUCGCCGAGAUAACACCGCUACUGUUGACGGAGCUAAUAAUGUCGUUAAGGUUCGGGAGAAGCAGGAAACUGAAGCUCCCAACGCCGGUGAACUUUCCGGCAAUAUUCCGGCGCCGAAGUUCCGGCAACUUCGACUCAAUUCAUUCACAGCGACCCAACAGAGUUGGCCGCCGUGGUUGAUGGAUGUUGCCGGUGAUGCAAUCCGAGAUUGGACUCCUCGGCGCGCCAACACGUUUGAGAAGCUUUCUAAGAUUGGGAAAGGAACUUAUAGCAAUGUGUACAAAGCUAGAGACCUUGUUACUGGAAAGAUAGUGGCUUUGAAGAAAGUUAGAAUUGAUAAUUUGGAAGCUGAGAGUGUGAAAUUCAUGGCUAGAGAGAUUCUUGUUUUGAGGAAGCUUGAUCACCCUAAUGUUAUAAAGCUUGAGGGAUUGGUUACUUCGAGGAUAUCGUCGAGUCUUUACUUGGUAUUUGAGUACAUGGAACAUGAUCUUGCUGGUCUUAUAGCUGGUCUUGGUGUCAAAUUCUCUGAGCCUCAGGUAAAAUGUUAUAUGAAGCAAUUGUUGUCCGGCCUUGAGCAUUGCCACAGCCAAGGCGUAUUGCACCGUGAUAUCAAGGGGUCGAAUCUGCUUAUUGACAAUGAAGGAAUACUUAAAAUUGCAGAUUUUGGACUGGCAACUUUCUAUAAUCCUAAGCAAAUUCAUCCCAUGACUAGCAGAGUCGUGACCCUUUGGUAUCGUCCCCCCGAGCUUCUUCUUGGAGCUACAUUCUACGGUGUUGGGGUCGAUCUUUGGAGUGCCGGUUGCAUCUUAGCAGAGCUUCUUGCUGGAAAGCCAAUCAUGCCUGCAAGAACAGAGGUUGAGCAACUGCACAAAAUAUUCAAGUUGUGUGGUUCUCCAUCUGAUGAAUAUUGGAGGAAAUAUAGAUUGACAAAUGCUACUCUCUUUAAGCCACAGCAACCGUAUAAAAGGCGCAUCUCAGAAACAUUUGUGGAUUUUCCAUCUUCUUCAUUACCUUUAAUUGAAACUCUUCUUGCAAUAGAUCCCGACGAUCGUGGCACUACCUUGUCUGCUCUAAAUAGCGAAUUCUUUACCACUGAGCCUUAUGCGUGUGAACCAUCGAAUUUACCAAAGUAUCCUCCCACCAAAGAAUUGGAUGUAAAGCUGAGAGAUGAAGAAUCAAGAAGGCAAAGAGCUCUUAAUGGGAAAAUAAAUGCGGUUGAUGAGGCCAGACGAGUUAGAGCAUGUGAUCGUGGUUACACCACUCCGGCCCCAGAAGCCAAUGCAGAGAUCCAAACAAACUUAGAUAAGUGGAGAAUUAUGACACAUGAAAAUGGAAAAAGUAAAAGUGAGAAAUUUCCACCUCCUCAUGAGGAUGGAGCUGUUGAAUAUCCUGGGGGUGCAUCAAAUAAAGGAGCUGUUUCAUUUGGAAGAAGUGAAACAACUUCCUUUAGUUCAAUCAUAUCUAAUUCAAUAUCUUCUAAAUCUGUUGGAAGUUAUGGAGCAAGGUCUUAUAAAGGAAGGAAAAUUAAUGAAGCUGAUUCCAAGAUAACAUCAUCAUGGAAAUUUAUGCAUUCUUUUAAACCUUCAACAGUUGGUCUUUCAUUUAAUUUAUUAUUUAGAAGCAGAUGAUCUGUUUCUUUGGAUUUUAGGAUCCUAGAAUGUGGAAAAGCAGAUGAUAAAUCAGUUUUGCCCCUGUAAUCAUGAUUUGAUUUAUUUUUAUUUUUUUUCAAUGUUGAUCCCAUUUUUGUGUAUUUCAUUUGGUGUAUAAUGUACAAUGGGGAUGAUUAUAUUUGUAUA